AUGUCCGACGAAGAUCACAAAUCUGAAGUAUAUGACACACUUACUAAUUUCCUGAAUGAAAUUGAUGAUCUACCAUUACAUCCGAAAAACAAAAUUCUCUUAUACAGUCGUUAUGUGUUUUCCAAAAUCUCUUGGCACUUCACUGUUUCUGACAUAGGCAAAACCUGGGUUAACGAUAAACUAGAUAGUAUCGCGUCCACGUAUAUCCGAAAAUGGCUUGAACUUCCUAUUUCUGCAACCCUUAGUAACGUCCUACUUCCCCACAAUAAAUUUGGAUUAAAUAUCAUUCUACCUUCAACCAAAUUCCUUCAAUGCCAAACUGUUUCUCGGAAAGCCCUAAAGUCGUCGCCAAAUGAAGCGAUCAAUAACCUUUGGAAGGAUACUAGCAAUCACAAAAAUGUACAAUAUGACAAAUACAAAAACACCAAGGACGUAUUAAACACCAUCAGGAAACAACAUGAAGACAAGCUUCAACACCACCUCAUUUCACAAGGCUCAUUUUUCUCCAAUAUCAUUAAACAUUCUACACUCUCAUUCAACUCUAUAUGGUCCUCCGUUCAGAGUAGACUUCCCAAGAAUAUAUUUAACUUCACUAUCCGGUAUAUAAAUAACACUCUUCCGACUCGCAAAAACCUUCUGAAAUGGGGAAUAUCACCAACAUCCGAAUGUUCGUUUUGUUUGAAUCCAGAAUCACUUCUUCACGUCGUCGCUGGAUGCAAGACCUACCUAAAUGAAGGACGUUUCACGUGGCGUCAUGAUUCGGUGCUUAACUUCAUAGCAUCCAUACUUAAAUCUGUGAACCAUUGUAACCUUUAUGCUGACCUUCCUGGCUAUAUCAGUCCAUCUGUUAUCACUGGAGAUGAAUUGCGCCCUGAUCUUUUGAUAACACUUGAAAACAAAUGUAUUUAUAUACUUGAACUUACCGUCGGAUUUGAAUCUAAUCUCCUCACUAAUGCAACUCAAAAAAGACAAAAAUAUCAAGAUCUAAUUAACGAACAGCUCAAAAAUUAUGAAAAAGUGAAAUUUGUGAAUUUAUCGAUUAGCUCAUUAGGAGUUUUCAGCCACCCGUCGCUAGAUUUCACCGAAAUGCUGAAAGAUCUAAAGUUUGAUGAACAAUGUAGAAAGUACUAUGUUCGGAAAAUUAUUAAUAUAUGUAUCAGGUCCUCGUAUUAUAUAUUCUGUAAGCGUAACAAAGAAUGGGAUAACCCACAACUAAUGUCAUACUAA